AUGGAGCCACGACAAGCCUCUGGUCAGAACCUUGGCUCUCACUUGACCAACAAGACACACCAAUGGGACACCCCCCCGGAGCAAACAAAGGAUUUACUUGUGUCAUGCCUCAUCUCACCUGCAACGGGACAGUGGAACAAGGAGAAAAUUAGAGACAUCAUGCCGUUCCAUGAGGAACGAGUACUCGAACUAAGACCAAGCGCAAAGGGAGCAAGAGACAAGACCAUCUGGUUACACACGGAGGAUGGAAUCUACAUAGCUAAGUCGGGUUACUAUAAAGGGCUUCAGGCAGACGAAGACAUGGGACCAGCUCUAGGAGAUAUAGAAAUGGAGGGGACUGAAGAACUACUACUCAGGGGAUUCGAUUGGAACAAACAAAUAUGGAGGCUCAACACAGGACAAAAAACCAAACUCUUCAUGUGGAAAGCAAUGAGAAACGGUUUACCGGUGGGAGAGAAUCUCCGAGCCAGGAAUGUGAACACAACGGUGCGAUGCUCGCACUGUGGUGAAGCGGAAACAACACUCCACCUCCUCUUUAGCUGUGAUUUCACGAUCAAGGUUUGGAACUUGAUCCCCUGCACACAAACAAUUGACUCUUGUUUAGUGCAGAGUGUGAGGAGCGGAAUUGAAGGUACAAAGGAUGCGAAUUGCUUACCUCCUACCGGAAUUAGCUCAGGACCGAUAUCCCCGUGGGUAGUCUGGUCAAUCUGGAAGAGCAGGAACCAGCGGAUCUUCGAGUCUCGAAGGCUCACCCCAGAGGAUACGACAACCCAAGCCCUAAGAAACGCAAGAGAGUGGCAAACAGCGCAAAUCAAAACACCGGCACGGAAGAUCCGAUCUCAGACACGACCUCCGGCUCAUCCCCUCACCGUAACAUGCAACACCGAUACAGCCUGGAACAGAGAGAGGAAAACAGCGGGAUUUGGCUGGCUAUUCAGCACGAGAGAAGGGGUCCGGAUGACGCACGGAUCCGCAUCGGAGAACACAAUCAGAUCAGCGCUGCUGGCUGAAGCAAUUUCAGUACACAGAGCGCUACAACACGCCAAACACCUCGGUCUCUCACACAUCUCGGUCGCUUCAGAUUCGCAACUGCUAAUCAAAGCAAUCAAUAGAGGGAUUCCGCACAAGGAACUCCACGGGAUUCUACACGAUAUCCUGGAUCUAGCUUGUUUCUUCUCGAAAAUCAGUUUUCGAUAUGUUCAAAGAGAAUCAAAUGUAAUCGACGAUAAGAUCGCGAAAAACGCUCUGGUUACACUCGGUCUAGGACCGGUUUAA